CGACAGCAACUGGAGUGCGAGAUGGCCAAAGUAGGCCUCACCGACGAGGACCAGUGCCAGAUGCGUAAGAUGUUGUACCAGAAGGAGAGUAAUUAUCUGCGCCUCAAGAGGGCUAAGAUGGACAGAAGUCUGUUCACGAAGAUCAAGAAUAUAGGCGUCGGCGCCUUUGGAGAGGUGGCGCUCGUCAGAAAAAUCGACGCCAACCAGUUGUACGCCAUGAAGACACUGCGGAAGUCGGAUGUGCUGAAGAGGAAUCAAGUGGCGCACGUGAAAGCGGAACGGGAUAUACUGUCGGAGGCGGACAACGAUUGGGUCGUCAAGUUGUACUAUUCGUUUCAAGACGAGGAUUACCUGUAUUUCGUCAUGGAUUACAUACCGGGCGGCGAUCUCAUGACACUGCUCAUCAAGUUCGGUAUUUUCGAGGAACAGUUAGCGAGGUUUUACAUCUCAGAGCUGGUGGCGGCCGUGGAGUCGGUGCACAAAAUGGGUUUCAUUCACCGCGACAUCAAACCCGAUAACAUACUGAUCGAUAGGGACGGCCACAUAAAGCUGACCGACUUUGGCCUCUGCACGGGCUUCCGGUGGACCCACAACUCGAAGUACUACCAGAGGAAUAACGGUAUCGAUAGCCACGACCGGCAGGACUCGAUGGACAUCGACGAGUCGUGGGGUGGGAACAACUGUCACUGCGUAGCGCCGGCGUCUAAGCCCCUGGAGAGGCGGAAACGGCGCGAACACCAGCGCUGUUUAGCGCACUCUCUCGUGGGAACACCUAAUUACAUAGCGCCCGAAGUGCUCAUGAGGACCGGCUAUACGCAACUGUGCGACUGGUGGUCCGUAGGGGUCAUACUCUAUGAGAUGAUUGUAGGCAACCCUCCGUUCAACGCGAAUUCGCCCGAAGAAACGCAAAGCAAAGUCAUCCAUUGGGACAAAACACUGCGGAUACCGAAGGACCGGAACUUCUCGGCCAACGCGUCGGAUCUGAUACUGAGGUUGUGUUGCGGACCGGAGGAGAGGCUCGGGAGGAACGGUGGCGAUGAGAUCAAACGGCACCCCUUUUUCGAGGGCAUCGACUUUGGCGGCGAGUUCCGCAAACAGCCGGCGCCCUACACGCCGGAGAUCAAGUACGAGACGGACACCUCCAACUUCGAUGAAAUUGAGGAUAACCUUCACACGAACGGCACGUCCGGCGAUAUGCUGUCCCGCGAGGGCUACGAAUACAUGAAUCAGAUGAAUGGCUACUCCGAGGGCAAGCACCCGGAGCACGCGUUUUUCGAGUUCACGUUUAGACGCUUUUUCGACGCCGGAGGGCAGGCCUACCCCAUCAAACUCAGUGAUAGCAACAGCUCGACUAAUAGUGCGGAUACGGGACAGGGAUCGCCCGUUUAUGUAUGACAUACGCGACUCGCCGUUACUAUUGAAUGUAAUUAUUUUGUUAUUAUUACGCAAAACGUGCUGUGAAUAUGUGUAUAGUUUUUGAAAUUUUUUUUAAUCAUACGAUGACUCGAUCCCACGAUUUGUGUCGCGAAUAAUGUGUUUAUUUAUGAAAUUAUAAAACAAUUUAUAAUUAUUUUUAUUCAUAACAUAAUUGUACUGUAUUUUUGUGAUACGAAAUGUGUUUUUCGUAUAAUUAUUAGCAAAUUGUUUUGUAAUGACUUAUAAUAAUUACUGAAAUCAACGAUUGAUAUGUGAUUUUAUAUGAUAAUACCAUUUAUAAUGAGAUGUGCCUUGAGUUUAGUGCCCCGUUUGCGCUCAUAAUCCAUACGAUUAACGGAAAAACAAAAAGAUUUUUAUAUAUUAAUGAAACAAAUUAUAUAUAUUAUUAUAUUUAAGAUUUUAUUACAUAAUUAUAUUUAAAAGUUUAGCGAAAUUAAUGUCUAAUUGUGGAUAAAAAACAUACGAAACGAUUAUUUGGUUUGUGUUUUAUAGACAUCUAUUUCUCACUGAAAUACUACUAAUUUUGUACUUUUGAAUGAAUGAUACAUAAGUCGAUAAAAAACUUUUUAUUAUUAUCGAUGUUAUAGUGAGAGUAAAUGUGUCGUAAAACGCGAACCAUUUAAUGAAAUCUAUUGAUAAAUGACAAAUUAUUUUUGUGGCGAUAAACCAGAUGUGAAACACGAUUUUAUAGACGAUUGUAAAUAAUGUAAUAUUUUAUUAUCAAUUGUUUUGCCCAUUGAAACGCAAAACCCAUUUCUCAUACAUUUCUUAUGACUUUCAUGAUUAUCACUACAUUUCUAAACGCGUUAUGAUUUGAGAUUAAAAGUAAUUUAGCGAUCAUUUU